AUGCAGACUGCUUCUACAAACGUGUGAAAGAAUGGGUCGCUCUCAGGAGCUCAGUGAAUUCAUGCAUGGUCCCAUGAUAGGUUGCCACCUGUGCAAUAAGUCCAUUCGUGACAUUUCCUGGCUACUAAAUAUUCCAGGCUCAACUGUUAGUGGUAUUAUAACAAAGUUGAAGCAACUGGGAACAACAGCAACUCAGCCACCAAGUGAGCAGGGUCAGUGCAUGCUGAAGUGCACAGAAGUCGCCAACUGUCUGCAGAGUCAAUAGCUAAAGACCUCCAAACUUUGUGUGGCCUUUAGAAUAACACAACAGUGAAUAGAGAGCUUCAUGGAAUGGGUUUCCAUGGCUGA